CCAGGUCUGAGCCUAACCCUCUGCUUUAUUUUUGCCUCAGGUGUGUAUCUGCCUUUGUUAUGGGAACAGAGUUUUUGUUGGAAAAGUCCUAUCGCUCUGGGCUACACGCGGGGCCAUUUCUCUGCGCUGGUUGCCAUGGAGAACGAUGGGUACGGCAAUCGAGGUGCUGGUGCUAACUUGAACACUGACGAUGACGUUACUGUUACUUUUCUACCCUUGGUGGACAGCGAGAGGAAGUUAUUGCACAUUCACUUCCUUUCUGCUCAAGAGAUCGGUAACGAGGAGCAGCAGGAGAAGCUGCUUCGGGAGUGGCUGGACUGCUGCGUGACGGAAGGAGGGGUGCUGGUGGCCAUGCAGAAGAGCUCCCGUAGGCGCAAUCAUCCCCUGGUCACCCAGAUGGUAGAGAAGUGGCUGGAUCGCUACCGCCAGAUCCGCCCCUGCACGUCCCUGUCUGAUGGCGAGGAGGACGAGGACGACGACGACGAAUGAGAGGAAGUUGGAAACGCACCAGCGUCUGACCCCCCGUUAGCGUUGUGCUCGAGCAGCUCGUGGUGGGACGACCCAGUUGUAGGGGGAACGUGCCGUGACGGAUUUUUCUAACCAGCAUGGAGAGAGCGUAGAAGCUCAUCGAUGGUGUGAAGGGAGCGAAAUGGGCCGGACUACAGUUUGUAUAAACACA